CUAAAGGAAUCUUCCUGCUAUCAAACUGUAGCAGAGGAAAAGGAUUUUAAAAAUGAAGUUGCUCAGUUCUUCUAUUUCUGGCCACUGAGGUAGACAUGAGAGUCUAAUUUGACACAGAUGGGUACUCCGGGGUGGAAAGUCACCAUGCUGAGCUGUCACAGUCCUGGAUAAAACCUUUCCUUUACCAGGCAUUGUGUGCGAUGGCAGGCCACGACACGGGCUGCAGUGCAUCCAAGCUAAUCUGGAACAUGAUUCAUGUCAUUAUCAGAUCAGCUGUUGAAGUCCUUUCAUCAAGUCAUAAGGCCACUUCAAGACCAGCCUGAACUGAGACCAGACAUAUGUAAAACCUCUGUGGCCGCCACCAGAGAGGAGUUUGGCUGCAAUCACUUUACACUAGACAUAUGUGCAGCCUCAACCUGAGCUGUCCUGCGUGGCAGUGGCUGCACAGUGAUGAUCACCCCUUGAGCACGAGUGCCUCCCAAGAUCACUCCUCAAGGUCAAGAGAUCCCUUGCCUGGCAUCUGGAAUCUACAGCAAGCUUGAAAACCCUUUACACUGCUGAAUGCCUGAGUUGCUUUGCUCUCUGCUUCCUGGAGGAGAGAAAAAUAGGUCUUUGCAAUGAGUUACCCAGGCUAUCCCCCAGCGGGUGGAUAUCCACCAGCUGCCCCAGGUAGCAGUCCUUGGGGUGGUGCUGCCUAUCCACCUUCAAAUCCACCUCCAAUUGGUCUGGAAAAUGUGGCUGGCUAUGCCAACCAGUUCAAUCCCAGCCACAUGGCUGGAAUGGCAUCCAACCUGGCAGGGACCUUUGGAGGGACAAAUGCACCACAAAGCAUGUAUCCUUCCACACCUGGGGGUUAUCCACCAGUUCCUCCAGGUGGCUUUGCGCAACCCCCACCAGGACAACAGCCCCCGUAUGGAGGGUACCCUCCACCUGGAGGCAAUCCACCAUCAGGAAUGCCAUCUUACCCAGGAUACCCUGUGCCAGGCCAGCCCACACCACCACCUGGUCAGCAGCCUAUGACCUAUCCGGGACUUCCAGCAACUCACCCAGGGCAGCAGCCCAUGCCAAAUUAUCCAGCAGGACCAGCUGUGAACCCAUCUAUGCCCUCUUACCCAGGAACUACAGGGCCUGCCGUCACUCCUCACAGAAACCAAGGUACGAUCACUGAUGCACCGGGUUUUGACCCUCUGAAGGAUGCAGAAGUCUUAAGGAAGGCCAUGAAAGGAUUCGGAACCGAUGAGCAGGCAAUCAUCGAUUGUCUUGGAAGUCGUUCAAACAAGCAACGGCAGCAGAUAAUCCUGUCCUUCAAAACAGCUUAUGGAAAGGAUUUGAUCAAGGAUCUCAAGUCUGAGCUAUCAGGUAACUUUGAGAAGACAAUCUUGGCAAUGAUGAAGACACCUGUCAUGUUUGAUGCUUAUGAAAUCAAGGAAGCUAUAAAGGGCGUUGGCACAGAUGAAAAUUGUCUCAUUGAAAUCUUAGCUUCCCGCAGUAAUGAGCAUAUUCAGGAGCUCAACAGGGUCUAUAAAGCAGAAUACAAGAAAACUCUGGAGGAAGCAAUAAAAAGUGACACAUCUGGACACUUUCAGAGGCUUUUAAUUUCACUUGCUCAGGGAAACAGGGAUGAAAGUACAAAUGUUGACAUGUCUGUUGUCCAAAGAGAUGUGCAGGAGUUGUAUGCAGCUGGAGAGAACCGUCUAGGAACUGAUGAAUCCAAAUUCAAUGCCAUUCUGUGUGCAAGAAGCAGGGCCCACCUCAGAGCAGUGUUCAGCGAGUACCAGAGGAUGUGUAACCGGGACAUUGAAAGCAGCAUAUGUCGGGAAAUGUCUGGAGACCUGGAGAAGGGCAUGCUGGCAGUAGUUAAGUGUCUCAAGAACACACCAGCUUUUUUUGCAGAGAGAUUAUAUAAAGCAAUGAAGGGGGCGGGAACAAAGGACAGGACGCUGAUCCGGAUCAUGGUAUCGCGCAGCGAGGUUGACCUGCUGGACAUACGUGCGGAGUACAAGAGGAUGUAUGGCAGAUCUCUCUACACAGAUAUCACUGGUGAUACUUCAGGAGACUACCGGAAAAUCCUACUCAAGUUGUGUGGUGGAAAUGACUAAAUGGAGCAUUGAGCUUUUCUUUAAAAAGCUGCUGUUUUCAUGUCCUUGCUGCAAAGCAUCUUUUUUUCCUCCAUAAGUAAAUAUGUAAUGACCUGUUUCUUCUAAAGCAAUUGCAUUUUAAACGAUAAUAUUGCAUAUAUCUUCAGUUCAAAAGUAGUAGGUAAUAAAUGCCAAAACCCCCCAAAAUACCAAGCUUAUGUGCCAUCUCCUCAGGAUUCUAUAUAGCACUUUCAGCAGCCAGUGAAUGACAGGUCAUUAUUUCUUUUCUGCUUAUGUCAUGCUGAAAUAAUGUUUGUUUUAUGAAACAAAAAUCACAGUUGUAUGAUUUAAGGUGUUCUUUUGUAUAAACAUUGAGUGCCAUUUUAAUGCAAGUUUUACGUCUAUUGUGUGCAGAGUUGGUUUUGGGCUAGCCCAUUUCCUGUUAUGUGGAGAUAGCCAUCUCAAGGUUUUGUGUCUAGUUAAGACUGUUUAAAGAAGUUUUGUCAAGUUCUGUUUUUUACCUUGAUUCUUUUCAAGGAAGAUGUGUUCCACAUUUCAUUCUUGCUAGGGCAGACUGUCCCAAGGCAAUAGUAAUGUUGACAGCAGUAAAGGUUCUGUCAUUAAUGUUUAAAGAUUUUGGAUCGUGCCUUAAAAAUAUGUAUGUAAGAAAAGGUUAUGAAAUUAAAGCCAAGUCUUUGCAGA